UUGUCAGAUUGCAGGUUGAAGUCCUGCCCCAUCCCUGAGACCCUCCUUGCUAACCAAGACACUGAACCCCGCCUCUGUGGAAGGUUGGCGCCAGCGUUCGGCAGUGGAGCCACCGUCAGUGUGUGACUGAAAACGCUUUGGGCCUUCCAGGUAGAACAGCGCUAGAAUACGCAGGAACCACAGAGGAAGGGUGGAUCUAACUGCUUCUUUUGACAUUAGCAUAAUAAACAGUUUUUGCCUGCACCCUCGCAUCUGCUAUAAAGAUCAUCUAAUUUGUGCUUCAGUUCACUACAGUCACAUGAUGACAUGAAUCAGUCUAACUUUUGACAAUCUGACAGAAAGCUUCUGAUUAUGAUUUGAGGUGGAGCAUUUAGGUUGAAGUUGUAACUUGGUGCAGAUGUGCUGACGUCAUGUUUGGUUCCUGAGUGUUUUGACUUCCAGAAACAGAAAGCGGACCCUGACAGGCACAGUGCGCACGCUCCUUUUUAGCCCAUUCAAGCUCAGUUUCAGACAUCCAAACGUUUUGAAUGGAGUUUCAUCUCCACUCUGACCUUCCUGAGGAAUGAGUGGAUGUUUCUGGGGAGAGUUUGCUAAGGACUUUCCGUCCUCUCAGUCCGUGAAGCUGAGAGAGAGGUCUGUGCGUAAAUCACAGUGGGCCGAGCGCAUUUGCGUGCGUUGGGGGGUGGGGGUGGAGGGUGGGGGCUGCCUACAGAGAGUCAGCGGCUGGAGCCGCAGAUGCUCCAGGCGCGCUGCAGGAUCCAGACGCACGCGGUAAUUAGCGGCGGAUGCAAACACGUAGAUCAUGAAGAUUUGACGGGGACAGGCGCGUGGAUCCGGUGUCCUACAGGGAUUGAGUCAGGCGCCCCCGGUCCUCCGUUCCGGCGCGGUGAUGGAGAUGGACCGGCGGCGGAGAGCCCCGCUGGCUCUCACCUUGAACUUCCUCGCCUUGCUCCUGGCCGUGUCGGCGCUCACCACCAGCUACUGGUGCGAGGGGACGCGCAAGGUGGUGAAGCCGUUCUGCCAGGGCCCGGUCUUCAAAAAGCAGUCCUUCUGCAUCAUGUACAACAGCUCCAACAUCAACGACACGCGCCUGGUUCAGUACAUCUGGGAGACCGGCGAGGACAAGUACGUGAUGAGGAAGUUUCACACCGGAAUCUGGUUCUCCUGCGAGCAGAACAUCAACAUGACCGGGGAAAACUGCAGAAGCUUCAUUUCUGUUGCUCCCUCAAAUGAAAGAGGCGUGCUCUGGCUGUGCAUCGUGGCUGAAUGUCUGUACAUCCUCCUGCUGGCCACAGGAGGCCUCCUCAUGUCUUUGGAAGUCUGUCACUUUGGCAAUGUCAUCGACGGCCUCAAGCUCAACGCCUUCGCCGCCAUUUUCACUGUGCUGUCAGGUUUGCUGGGCAUGGUGGCCCACAUGAUGUUCACCACAGCCUUCCAGCUGACCGUCAGUCUGGGCCCGGAGGACUGGAAACCCCAAACAUGGGACUACAGCUGGUCAUACAUCUUGGCGUGGAGCUCCUUCACGGCCUGCAUGGCGUCUUCAGUUACAACCAUUAACCGCUACACCAAAACCAUCCUAGAGUUCAAGCACAAGCGCAGAAACAUCGAGAAGAACCUGAAGAUCAAGCAGAAGCUGCUGGAGCUGGACUCUCCUGAGCAGGUGUGGGACAUGUACAUCAGCUCUGUGCCAAGCACCGCGGAGGAGCUGCUGGACCUGUCAUCCAACGGGCGCAAACACUCCAACACCUCCGUUUUCCUGGACCUCAACGACCUUCCUGAUGCUCAGGGUGAGGAGUACUGCUAGACGAGGGGACUGGGCUCUUCAGAGCAUCAGUGUGGUGGUCAGUCGGAUCCAUAUGAGAUGCUGCGGUUGCUUUGUAGUGUGGCUUUACUUAGAGACACACCACACCGUUAGGAAGAUCAGGAUGAUGUGUGACGAGAACCAGACUUGACCCAAAACCAGGUGGUUUGGCUGCUUAGCAACCAUCUGCCACACUCGGUUGGGCUUUCCAUCUGCUUGCUGUGGUGGAUGGGAUGCAUUCCUUACAGGCCCACUCUAAUGAAAAGAAUCUUCUUGGUGUUUUUAGCAUGUUCUUGUAGCUUCUGUCUCAUGAUUUUGGAGUAUUUUUGAUUCAAAUCACGAUGGAUUAGGAGAAGAUUAAACAUUUCUCUCAGUUGUGACACAGAUACUGCGCUGGGUGGGGCUAAAGUCUCCAUGCUCCGCCCCUUUCUGAUCCUCCACCUGCAGACCAAUAGAUCCAUGAACGUCUUUGUUUUCCUGGUCUGAGCUGGAAUCUGGAUCAGAACUGGACGGAUGGAUAGAUCUGAGGUUGCUGCCAUUUUUGUGGUACUGCCAAUGUUAGGCUGAGGGUGUGAGGGCUGUAAGCCAGUGGGAGAGAGUGUAAAGAAAGGGAUGAUGGGAUAGCCCCUCCCACAACUCAGAGGUGAAUUUUUACUCCUAGAAAACCACCAGGGGUUUGGAUAAAAACGGCAUCAUCAUCUUGAGAAAAGCACUGGGAAGGUUUUGAAAACAGAUCCAAGUUAGCAGCCGUGAAAUUAACGGGUGUUUCGUUUCAUAGGAGCCAUGGAGUUCAAGUCCUUUAGAAUAUUUUAGAAGCGUCAUUUUCUUUUCUUUUGCUGCCUGGUCCACCAGUCAUUUGAAAGGAUGGGCUGAAAAGCUGGAGGAGGGAGUUGUGGAUCAGAUUUUCUUUCUGUUGUGUACCUGGCAGAAGUGCGUAACUGUGUUUCCACUGGUUAUUUUGAAGCAUUUUUAUGAUUGUUUGUUACAAUGACACACUCAUCUUAACCAGGAGCUUGAGGACUUGGGGCCUCCCGGUGUCAUGUGACUCUUCGUCUACUUGAAAGCCUGCAGCAGUGUGUUUGGAUCAUCUGUAGAAGCUGCAUUCUGCGGGUCUGUGGUCCUGUUGAGAAGAUCACUGCAGUAAUCGGCUGAAAGACGAUGCCUGAAAGGUGUUUGAUCUUCCUGAUGUGGAAAGAGGGAAAAAUCUGCACACAGCAACAUCUUUCCAGCCGUUGGUUGAUGAUGUUACCCCUAAAGUUGUGCAGACUCUGCUUGACUAAUCACUAAAGAGGCAACCCUUUCAUGAACACUCUUUUAGCCAAGGUCUUCUAACAGUGUAGUGCAAAACCAGGCCAAGUGGAACGUGUAGAACGUUCCAACUCAAAGCCAACCCCGUUACAAACGUUGGAUCUUGUUCUUCCUGAAAAGCAGCAACCUCUGUUAAACUGAUUAGCUUAAAAAAACCACGACACUGUUCAGAUGUAUGCACUCUUGGGGGUUUUAGGGAGACAUGAACGAGCGAUUGUUUCCAGAACGGAUGGCGACAGGAAACACAGUGCCUUCACUUCCUGCCGCCUAUGGAUCGCUCGCCAUGCUUGAGAAGAGAACAGCUUCCUUCCUUCAACCUUCAGAACUUUGUAGCAUUGUGCAGACGGCCAAACCUCUUCAACAGGAAUCGAUCUUUUCUGAGGGAAAAAGGCGUCUUUGUUUACAUCUAUUUGAUAAUGCUGGUGUUUUAUUGUAAGUGCAUUCAAUAAUAAUUCUAAUGUGUGUUUUAUUUAUGUGAACGUUUCAAAUUCUACUUCACUGAGUUUCUUCUUCUUUCUUCAUCGUUGUGUGAACUAAGUAUUUCCAGAGGAUCUUUUUUGUAGUUUUCAUCAGUUUGAAACAUUUGAGAGUUUUAAAACAUUUACUUCAUUUUUGUUGAUUUGUAAAAAAGAUGGAUCAUCUCAAUAAAUGAAUGCUUUCUUGUU